AUGAGAACUGAAGAUAAAGCACUGUUUUGUUUCUGUCAUUGGGGUUGGGCGAGUAAGGAGCUUCCGGAUGGAUCCACUUCAUAUGUGGGAGGUAUUACCCGUCAGGUUAUUGCGAAGACAGGCAUAAAGUACAAUGAUUUUGUGAAUUCAGUUUUUGGCCGAUUAGGCAUUGAUCCUUCAGAUAAGAUCUUGCAUUUUACUUUUAAUGAUGGUUCUGCUCAUGUUUAUGCAUCAAGUUUGGAGAAGGAGCCUAAUUCUAGACAGCCAUCAGGUGGUCCAGAAAAAGUUGAACGUAGUGCUGUUUCUGAUUCAGAACCUGAUACUACUUCUGUACGCGAUGAUGAGAAUGAUUUGGCAAGCCCUCUGAAGAAGGCGCAGUCUAACCAGUCAACUGGAGAUAGUAAACCUCAGCAGAAAGAAGAUGUUGGCAGUGAUGAUCAAAAGCAAGCCGGGGUAACUAGGCCGUGCAGUGAUUUCGGGGAAAGAUUAAAUCAAGAUGGAGUGGGACUUCCUGAAGGGGAUGUGCAAAACAACUAUUCCAAGGUUGGGACAGUUAACAAACAGGCUUCUAGAACGCCAUCUAGUGGCACGAAAAAAGUUGAACUUAUUGUUGAUUCUGUUUCUACUGAUUCUGAUUCAGAACCAAAUACAACUCCUGCAGCUGAUGAUGUGAAUGAUUUGGCAAGCCCACUGAAGAAGGCACGGUUCCAGUCAGCUGGAGACAGUAGACCUCAGCAGAAAGAAGAUGUUGGUGGUGAUGGUCAAAAGCAUACCGGUGUAACUAGGUCGUGCAGUAAUUCCGUGGAAAGAUUAGAUCAAAAUGGAGUGGGCCUUCCUGAAGGGGAUGUGCAGAACAACUCCUCCAAGAUUGUGACAGUUAAUGAUCAGGCUUCUGGACAGCCAUCAGGUGUCGCAAAGGGUGUUGAACUUACAGUUGAUUCUGAUUCAGAACCAAAUGAACUUUCUGAUAGUAAUCCUUCAGAGGAUGAUUAUCUUUAUCCUGAAUUUACUGAUUUUGACAAGUAUAGAUCACAAGAUUGCUUUGCGGUUGACCAGAUUUGGGCUUGCUAUGAUACGGAUGAUGAGAUGCCAAGAUGCUAUACCCUCAUUAAGCAGGUAUCCAGUCCUGAAUUUAGGAUAAAGCUCAGAUGGCUCGAGCCUCGUCCAGAAUAUCCAAGAGAGCACACUUGGGUCAGGAGUCUCUUGCCUGUUGGCUGUGGGAGAUUUAAAUGUGGGGGUGCUGGGAGUAUUGAAUAUACUUCUGAUCUCCGUUUAUUUUCUCAUGAAAUGCAGUGGUUUAAGGGCAAGGGAGGUCCAUACUUUCUAUAUCCUAGGAAAGGGGAAACGUGGGCUCUCUUCAAAGAUUGGGAUUUUAGUUGGACCUGUGAUCCACGCAAUCAUAGGGAAUACAAGUAUGAAGUUGUGGAGAUUCUUUCUGAUUAUGUUUAUAUUGUUGGUCUCGAAGUUGGUUACUUAGAUAAAGUGAUCGGAUUUGAUAGCCUUUUCCAGCGAACAAGGCCGACUGUAGUUGAUACGUUCUUUAUACAUCCAAAAGACUAUUACAAGUUCUCUCAUCGAAUUCCCUCCUUCAAAAUGACCGGAGCUGAAGGAGAGGGUGUACCUGCAGGAUCGUUUGAGCUUGAUUUUUAUGCUCUUCCGCCCAAUCCCGAUGAUAUUUGGUACCCGGGGAAGGAUAAGGAAGACAGCAGGACUGCAAAUUCUGAACCUCUAGAAAAUGUUGAGUGUGCAGUUCCCUCUGGAACUAUAGAUAAGUCCAGAACACCUGAGAAUGCGACAACGUCUCUGGAGUGUGGGAACUUGGAAGGCAUCCAUGCUACUGAUAGAGAGUCUUCUAUGCAAGUUGACUUGGAACUGAGAUUAUGGUGUGAUGGGACUCAAUAA